GGUUUUGGUGUUUCUACUAUAUCCAUUGAUAGCAUUUCUGUUGAAUGCAAAACUUGGGCCCAAGCAGGAUAUUAAAAGAAUGGGUAUAAGGGCCCAAAAAAGAAUACAAGAUUCUGAGGUUCGGGAAAUAUUAAUAUGGUUCUAAAUUGAAAAUAUAUUGAUUUGUAUAAUAAGGUAAACAUAUUUCUGAAACAGAUAAAAUCAUGUCUAAUCAAAUGGAAGUAAAACAAGAAUUUAGUGAGGUAUGCAAAACAGAAAUAGAUGAUGAUGCGGUGGAUGAUGCAGUACUGGAUACCUUUAAGAUUGAGAUUAAGGAGGAACCUAAGAAAGAAAGUGCAUGUGAUGCAUUGGAUUCUGUAGACUUAAAGGAAUAUCCUAUAAAAACGGAAAUAGAACAAAAUGGUGUCUCUUGCGAAGACAUUCAAAAUGAUGCAAGUAGCCUGUUAAAAUAUACUGGAAAUAAUUUGAAUCAAAAUUUAGCUGCUAGUUCGGAUGUGAAUAUCGGAGAAAAUCAUUUUGAAUGUGAAAUAUGCUCCAAACACUUAACAACAAGUUUUUCUUUAAAAGUACACAUGAGAAUACACACUGGGGAAAAACCCUUUACAUGUAAAAUUUGCUUAAAACGGUUUUCAACAAAUACACAUUUAACUGACCAUAUGAGAGUGCAUACUGGUGAAAAACCUUUCUCGUGCAAAAUAUGCACCAAACAGUUUUCACAUAGUUCUACUUUAAAAUCACAUAUGAGAGUGCAUACUGGUGAAAAACCUUUCACGUGUAAAAUAUGCAACAAACAGCUUUCACGUAGUUCUACUUUAAAAUCACAUAUGAGAUGGCAUACUGGCGAAAAACCUUAUGAAUGUGAUAUUUGCACUAAAAGUUUUUCAACAAACGAUAAAUUAAAAACACAUAUUAGAGUGCAUAUGGGUGAAAAACCUUUCACGUGCAAAAUAUGCAACAAACAAGUUUCUCAUAGUUCUACUUUAAAAUCACAUAUGAGAGCGCAUACUGGUGAAAAACCGUUUGCUUGUGAAAUGUGUACUAAACGUUUUUCAAUGAAGAAACUUUUAAAAUCACAUAUGAUAGUGCAUGCUGGUGAAAAACCUUUCUCGUGUAAAAUAUGCAACAAAGAGUUUUCACAUAGUUCUACUUUAAAAUCGCAUAUGAGAGUGCAUACUGGUGAACAACCUUUCACGUGUAAAAUAUGCAACAAACAGCUUUCACGUAGUUCUACUUUAAAAUCACAUAUGAGAUGGCAUACUGGCGAAAAACCUUAUGAAUGUGAUAUUUGCCCUAAAAAUUUUUCAACAAACGAUAAAUUAAAAACACAUAUUAGAGUGCAUAUGGAUGAAAAACCUUUUACGUGCAAAAUAUGCAACAAACAACUUUCUUAUAGUUCUACUUUAAAAUCACAUAUGAGAGCGCAUACUGGUGAAAAGCCGUUUGCUUGUGAAAUGUGUACUAAACGUUUUUCAAUGAAGAAACUUUUAAAAUCACAUAUGAGAGUGCAUACUGGUGAAAAACCUUUCAUGUGCAAAAUAUGUAACAAACAGAUUUCACAUAGUUCUACUUUAAAAUCACAUAUGAGAGCGCAUACUGGUGAAAAGCCGUUUGCUUGUGAAAUGUGUACUAAACGUUUUUCAAUGAAGAAACUUUUAAAAUCACAUAUGAGAGUGCAUACUGGUGAAAAACCUUUCACGUGUAAAAUAUGCAACAAACAGUUUUCACGUAGUUCUACUUUAAAAUUACAUAUGAGAGUGCAUACUGGUGAAAAACCUUUUACCUGCAAAAUAUGCACCAAGCAGUAUCCAUACAGUUCUAGUUUAACAGCACAUUUGAAAACACACACUGGUUGAACGAGCAACAUUGCUAUAUGAAACAUUUUAUUCAAUGUCAUUUUAUGUUUUAAAAUACAGACUUAUAUUACUAAUCGUGAAAAAUGACGGUAUAGAAUAAGUACAAUUAUUGAGGAGGUAACAUGCAAACAGCCUUAAGCCACACAAAAAGCAAAGUUGAGUUAGAUGUGUCAAUUCAUUGUUCUGUGUAGCCAAAGUGGUUUAUUUUAUCUGAUUCGUGCAAAAAAAUUAUUAGUAAUGUUAAAAGUAUGUUAAAAACCACCUUUACUUGCAAAACACCUUAUUUCCAUUAUACUGGUCCAUGCUAAGCAGCUUAUUUACAACCAACCAAUAGGAGUUCUGCGACUGCCACUCUAGGUAACCCAGUAAGUCUUACAAAUUUGAGGUUAUGGGAGGGUUUAUCGUCAAAGUAGUUAAAAAGAAUUAGUAAUUACUUUAUUGUUUAAAGGAUAAUGAAUAAGGCAGAUGGACGUGUAAGUGUUGGUGAAGGAAAUCACUCUUUUUUUCUAAAUGAAUAGAAAGAGAAGGGUUACAGGAGGAAAAAGAAAAAGUGAACAAAUUACCAGGUAUGUAGUUCCUAGGAGAGCUCUAGUUUUUGUACCGUUUAAGAGAAUUUAAAUAUGCUACCGGACACAAGAGGAAAUUAAACAUCUCCGGAAAAAGGGAAAAGUAAAGUCUGACAAAAAUAUUGUGUUGGUAAGAGGUUUGAAACACUACAAGUAUGACGGUAAGAAGUAUUUUAUAUACCUGAGCAAGAAAGGGAAAAAUAAUCUUAAACAAGUAAAACUGGAAGUAGGAGAUAGAAGUGGAGAAGAAAACUUCCUCAUAUGUAAGCCAAAGACAAUACAAAGAUAUCCACAAACUUAAAAAACAUAUUUUUCUGAACCACGCAUUGUUUGGUACAAGGGUUUGAUUUUUGAUAAACCCGCUACAGCAGUUGCUGGUGGGAAGCAAUAAGGAAUGAGUGACUGUCUCGACGAUAAGCGUUGUGACUUUCAUAUUUAAAAAACUGUUUGUUACAUUAACUACCUAUUAUCCCAAUGUUUGUCAAAUAGGUAAGACCUAUAUUAUUAUUUUGCAAAAAUAGAAGUUUAUUCAAAACACCAUUGUUCCUUUACUUUUUUACUUAAUUUACAUGCAAAGCAUCUUAUGUCCACAACAUUUUAUGUACAAACCGACUUAUUUGCACUGAGUUCGCGCAAAAGGUCAUAUUGCCAAAACAAAAUCAAUUUUUUAAACCAUUUUUUAGUUAUCCUAACUGAAAUAAGUGUUUUAAUCUUAUAUUUGGAACUAGUACUAUUAAAUAACAUUGAUUAGAACCCAUUAUCCUUUCUCAGAGCAAAGCUACAAGUUUUUUGCCUUUUCUGAAAAAUUACGUAUUUGUGGCUUAAGCUUGUUUGCAUUUUACCUUCUUAAUUAUUUUAAAUGUCAUAUUGUCUCUCAGCAAUUGCAUUGCCCUAUACUCUAUACUAUUAAUAUAUAAUAAUAAAGAGAUUAUUGUAAAUUUU